CAAUCCGGAUGUGUUCCGUUCGGACAGGUGUGUCUGAAAUCUAAUUUGAAGGGCAAUUGUGUUAUAUUUCAAGUUGAUUAAAUGAAUUUUUUUUACAAUUUUCACACAUUGUACUUUUGUGAACUGAUUUCAUGCGCAUCAAUAUACAGACGUUGUUGGUUACCAAUUUGGGAAAGCGAUGAACAAACUUCAAAAAGGCAUUAAAUUUACCUGAAUGGCAGCCUACAGACAUUAUCAUUUGCAUGCAACCUAAAUAACACAGGAUAUUUCAACACACUAUUCUUGCUGACAUUUUCAUUUUGAAAAGUGUAAAUAUUCAACGACUUUUUGACAUCGUUAUCGACUAGUUUACAUCAAAUAUCACGAUUAGCAAAAAAAUUAGUGUACUGUGACCUAAUCGAUAGGGACAAUUUUUGUCAGCAGCAUUACAACAGUUCCCAAUAUGGUGGAUAGAGCGUACAAAAGAAUAACAAACUGUGAAGUGGUCAUGCUGAGAGGGUGUUUGCAGAGAGCUAUUCCGGUGUUGAAAAACGCGAUUACUUGUGAUUCUAGUAAAAGAACAGGUGAGAUGUCAUUGCCAUUACCAUCGUCUUUCACUAAAUGGUUGAAAUGCAGCCCCGAAUCAAGUUUUCCUGAUGAAACAUGUGAUGUCAUCAUAGACAUAAACGAAGAUGGGUCAUGCAAGUUUAAAAUAAUUCCCUUGGAGCCAAAACGGUCUUCAGUGAAUGGCCACAUAGAAGAAUUGUGUUGUUCUAGUAAUACAUCUAAUGGAAAUUCAACAAAUGGUCAAGGCUCCAAGAAAAAAAGGCAGUUGGAUUCUGUGAAAGAUGAGACUGGUUUUCCACCUCUGACUAACUAUGUGGCGCUGGAUUGUGAGUUUGUAGGCGUGAGAAAUGAUCAGAGUGCUCUAGGUCGUUGCAGCAUCGUGGACUGUGAGGGCCAGGUACUGUGUGACCUGUACGCGAUGCCAGAGGACCCAAUCACUCACUACCGCACACGAUGGAGCGGCAUCACCAGAAAUCAUAUGAAGAAUGCCAUCCCACUGGAGUUUGCACUCGCCAAGAUAUCCAACAUACUCGAGGGUAAGAUAGUUGUGGGUCAUGACCUGACAGGUGACUUCAAGGUGCUGGGUUUCCGACCUCGGCGCGAGUUCAUCAGGGACACUAGCACGUUCAAGGGUCUUACGGGCCCCUUCAUGGCAGGCAAGAAGUCCCUCAAGAGUCUGGCUCUUGAACACUUGGGCCUCCAGAUUCAAGUCGGUUCCCACUGUUCCAUACAGGAUGCUCGUGCAGCCAUGUCUCUGUACAGACUUGUUCGCCAUGAGUGGGAAUCCAGCCUGCUUGCUAAAAACAAGACAGGAAACCAGUCAAACAUACCAGAAAUCCCAGAAGGGAACAAUAAGUCUGGCAUAAGCAAACGGGACUCAUUAACUGAUAGCUGUGUCUCGCCUGACUAUGUAAAUGGAAUACAGACAGAUGCAUGUACCAACAAUUCUGAAAUUUCUUGUAACGUUAAAGAUGUAGAAGUUGAUUUCGGUACAGAUGAAAAAGAUAUCAGUGGAACAGAAGGGAAUGAACAUGUAGACGAUGUUGCCCAUGAUGAUUAUUGGGACAUUAAGAAUCCCAGAGAUUGUAAAGUGGACUGUUCUAAUGUACAUCCAGUUCUUGAAAACACAGAAAGUAAACUGUCUGUUCUAAAUAAGAUUAGAAGUGAAAGCGGCCUUGUUCUUAAAGCUAAGUCUAGAAAAACUAAGAAAAGUAAACAUAGAAAUGGGUUGCAGACAGGUUUUGGUCAAAUAAACACAAAUAAAUUAUCAGUUAAUGAUUAUUUUAGCGCUUAUUCUCAAGUUAAUAACAAUCAAGGUAAUAAAAGCAAUUUGGAAAUUGUGGACUCUAGUGUGAUAGAUCUAACUCACAUGUGUGAUGUUGUAAUGAAACGGGCAGAAGAAAAAGUUUCAAAAACUCUGCGACCGAAUGAUUGUUCUAAACCCCAUGUGGAGUUAUCGUCAACUGUGGAUCAUUUGUAUGAUGACCAGUUCUGGCCAGAGUUUGAGGACAGUUGAAAGAUGAUUUGUUGAUCCGUUUUGGUAUUUGUUAAACCUGUGAUUAUUUUAUGUGAAAAUGUAAAUGUGAGCCUUCUUCUGAGAAAACUUGGCUAAAUGCAUGUGCGUAAAGUGUCGUCCCAGAUCAGCGUGUGUAGUCUGCACAGGCUAAUCUGUGACGACACUUUUCGCUUUUAUGGCAUUUUUCGUUUAAAUGAAGUCUUUUUAGCAAAAAUCCACUUAAGGCGGAAAGUGUCGGCCCUGAUUAGCCUGUGCGGACUGCACAAGCUAAUCUGGGACGACACUUUACGCACAUGCAUUAUGCCCAGUUUUGUCAGAACGCAACUAAUGUUAAAGUAAAAGUUUUUGACGUUUCAUCUCUCAGGGAAUCACACACCAACUUUGUUUUAAACUGUUGUUGUUGUUGUGUUUUAUGAGAGGAAUGUUUUGGAUGCAGUGAUUUUUUUUUUGCUUUAUAUUUUUCAGCCUAUACCUUUUUGAUUGGGGGAAAAAAGCGUGAUAGACCAUGAAAUUGGGAAAAAUUAAACAUUAUUAAUAUGAUAAUAAAUAAAAGUAUUCCAAUUGUUUAUUAACGUGCAUGUUUAAUUGCUUUCUAAAAUUUAUAUUAUAAAGCGCUAGGGAAUUUAAUUGCUGUAUAAUAAAUUCCAUAAACCAAUUAUUGAGUUUAAUUGAAAAAGUUUGGCAUAUUUUUGGGAAAAUGUUUUAUUUUGCCAUUAGGAAACAGCCUUUUUACUUUUUGCAAUUGGGAAAACAGCCUAUAAGAAGCUGUAAAUUUGGGCAAAAAAACCUCACUAAAAUGUAGUACAUUGAGAUAAAUUUUUUUAAUGUAUUUUGAAGUUAAAAAAAAAAUACAAAAUUUAUCAAACUGGUUAUCACAAUCUGUUUGAUAUCGCAACUUAAAGUGUUAUGAUAUUUUGGCGAUUCUUGUCUGCUCAUUAUGAAUUCAAACAUGAAUUUAACACAGUUUCAGUGCUGGUCUUUAUUUUGAUCUCAUAACAUGCUCAUGGUGAGCUUUGGGUGCUUUUCAAUUAUAAAAAAGGUGUCACAAUAAUAUGCAUAAACAUUGAAUAUUUAUGUUUCUUGAAGUCUGUUUAUUAUUCUCCCCCAAAAUUUAUAUAUAAAUAUAGUCACCACUUUGUCUGUCCGUCCGUGCACAAUUUUUGUCCGGGCUAUUUCUCAUCAACUAAUAAAUGGAAUUCAAUGAAACUUUAUGGGAAGGUUCACUACCAAGAGGAGAUGUGCAUAUUAUCAGCGGGUUCUGGUCAGAUGAUUUUUCAAGAGUUAUGGCUUUUUGAAAUUUUCUAUAAAAAAAUUCUUGUCCCACCAGGCCAGCUACUGUGCCCUCAAGACGUUUCCUUUUAUCUAAAUAUAUAGUGCAAUAUUGUGACCAAAACAACCUUUGGGGAGCAUCACCCGUCUCCGACGUUUUCUUGUUCUUCUGAGCGGCACCAUCUCAAAUAAUAGAGUUUAUGUGGGUCACUGGUGAGCCCUUUAUGCUUUAAGGACCCGCUUGUUUAUUUUCUGUCUGUAUGGUGCUUGAUUGGUCAUUAACUUUUCGUUACUUUUAAGUGUUGUGAAAUGAAAAUAAAUGGUAAAGUGACAUAAUAUUACUUUUUUAUUGAAAGUUAUGGUAAAAUUAAGUUUUUUUUUAUAUCAUAUUUACUCCAAAGUGUUCUGUUAAUGAAAGUACUGAUUUGUUAAGUAUGAAAAUGAGGAUUAAAACCGUUCUAUUAUUCAAACAAUUUUAUUGAAAUAGCAUCAAUAUAACUCUUUUGCAACUGUUUUUCAGUAUCAUAAAAAUGCUGUUAAGUUGUUCAAGUGAACUAAGUUUUAGAAUUUUUAGAUACAACCUUCCAUCCUUACAAUUAAGAAGCAUUAACUACAAAUUAAUUAAUUUAAAUUUAAUUGAUUAACUAAUUUGAAAGGAGACAAAUGAAUGUUUAUUUGGAAUUACUUUCACUUUCGUCCAAUUUUCAGAUUUUGUGCCUAUGACUUUGUUAGAGACAUAUUCAAAGUCAAAAUUGGUACGGAUUUUAUUUUAAAAAGUGAUGUUAUUGUGUGUAUUGUGAAUUACGGGAGUGAAAAUAAAGAUCAUGUAAAGAGAGCUCUUAGCCUAAAAGGUUAACAUGUAUUGAAAAACACGACAUGUUGUUUGUCUUUUCAAAUAAAAAUUGUGUUUGACAAGAUCAUCAGUCAUUUCAGUGUAUUCAAUUUGGCAAUUUAAAUAACAAUUGACAAUAAUUUGAGAAUGUUAAUUUAAUUGUAAUUCGCCUUAGUAGAAAUGUUCAUGAUGAUGAUAAUGCUUCCUCCUUGAUCAUUAGCAAUCUAAAAAUGGUUAAACUCUACAAAAGGAUUGCUUUUGCUUGGAUGGCUUAAUCUUCAUGGGAAUCAUCAUCAACAUGCAUAUGUUUGUCUUUAUGUGGCAAAGGUAUGCUACUUUAACAAAACACAUUAAAUGCGGACAAAUUUAAAUAAAAGCCAAAACUUGA